AUUCACUUUCUGCCAGUACUGCUAUACUCAAAUCCAAAUUCAUUAUGAGAAGUAACUAUUUUCCAAACUAUUCACAUUCCAUAUUUCCAGAUUUUGAAUUGGUUUUAUUACCAUUUUUUUUAAAAAUGAUUUAAAAUUCCAAUAAAAUACAAAAAAUUUGAAUUUUUCUCAGUUUAAAAUUUCAACCCACACCCUGGUAUCGUACUUGUGCGUAGAAUGAGUUUCCUUUGAAGUUUCUCUCUCUUCUCAGCUUCUUCUCGAGCUUCAAGCUCGUCAACAAUGGCGUUUAUUGAACAUUUUGCAGAAUCACAAAGUAGGAUCACUGUGGAAGCUCCUACAGUGUUCUAUUGACCUAUGAAUAACUCAGUAUUGUAGCACAUAGUGUGCUUGGUGGUGCAUUACAGUCUACUGAGAGUGUUCACUGUUUGAUCCUUCAGUCUUUGCGAAAUCGAGGUUUUGGAAAAGAAAGUAAGGAAAGAUGAAGAGAAGAACUGAGUUGAAAUCAAAAGGUCUAAGAAAGGUGGUUAACCCACAACAAGAUGUGUAUAAACUGAAGCAUAGAGCUGUUCUUGCUAUAAAUAAGAUUUCGGACCGUGAUACAUACCAAAUUGGAGUUCAGGAGCUGGAGAAAACAGCUGAAAGUUUGACCCCAGAUGGAAUUGUGCCAUUUUUAUCUUGUAUAUUGGAUUCUGAUUCAGAGCAGAAAAGUGCAGUUCGUAAGGAGUGUAUUAGAAUGAUGGGUGUUCUAGUAAAAAUGCAUGGGGAUCUUAUAGGUUCGCACUUGGGGAAGAUGGUUGCUUCAAUUGUUAAAAGACUCAAGGAUCAGGACACUGUUGUUAGGGAUACAUGUGUGGAGACAAUGGGUGUAUUUGCAUCAGAGUUUGGUAAUCGUCAUGUUGAAAGUGAUGGUAUCUUUGUUGUGCUGGUGAGGCCCUUGUUUGAAGCCUUAGGUGAUCAGAAUAAGCAGAUUCAGGGCGGUGCGGCUUUGUGCCUGGCCAGGGUUAUUGACAACAUGAGUGAUCCUCCAGUGUCGAUCUUGCAAAAGAUGUUGGCUCGCACCAUGAAGUUGCUUAAGAAUCCCAACUUUAUGGCUAAACCGGCAGUGAUAGAGUUAAACAAAAGUCUUAUUCAGGCGGGAGGCGCUCUGUCACAUAGUGCUUUAUCCGCUGCAAUUUGCAGCAUCCAAGAAGCUCUAAAGGAUACUGAUUGGACAACUCGCAAGGCUGCAUCAUUAGCACUGGGAGAGAUAGCUUCAAGUGGGGGACCCUUCUUGGCACCUUUUAAGGCUUCCUGCAUACAAACGCUUGAGUCAUGUCGCUUUGAUAAGGUGAAACCAGUCAGAGAUACAGUAUUGCAAGCACUCCAUUGCUGGAGAAGUAUUGGAAGGCAGGAUGUGCCUGAAGCUUCAGAUACUGUGUCUGCUAUCAGAGAUAGUUUAUGUGGAGAUGAUCCUGGUGAUCGGGUUAGUGCUGGUAGCUCUAUGUGGAAUGAUGUUGCUCAUAAAGAAUCAACGACCAAUAUUGUCAGGAAAAGAGUUCCCUUGUCUACUAGAAAAGGAAGCCCUAAUAUUCUUGAGAAUUUCAGCAAGUCUAAUAACAGUGAGUGGCAUGUAGAUGUUGCUGUCCCAAAGAUGCACUCUAGUUCUACCGGAUAUAUUAACAACGACGAAUCUGAGAGUAGCUCUGCUAGUAAGACACAGGAAACAGUCACAGCUGAUGUCAUAAGCUUGCAGGGAGUUGGGCAAGAGUAUGAUUAUGUUGAUGACAAGCAAGAGUGGUCCUCUGCAUCUAAUCAUGUCUCAGACAAUUUUACUAACAGGUUUAUGUCAGCUUAUAAUAGCCAUUCUCGUAGAGCUGAUAUCAUGAAUUCAGCAGAAGGAGAUAAAAUGUUUGGAACGAGAAAAACUGAUGUUGAAACUGAGAAGCAAUCAUACAUAUCAAAGGUGGAAGAUCGUACAAGUCUUGAUUCUACUGUAACUGAAGCUGAAGAUUGCCGUUCUGUCCGAAUUUAUCAUUCCAGGACAGACAAUGUCCAUAAUGAGAUCAGUUCCAUCCAAAAACAGCUUUUGGAAAUAGAAAAGAAGCAGUCAAGCUUGAUGGAUCUUCUACAGGGAUUUACAAUGAGCACCAUGGAGACCUUAUCUGUCAUACAGCUAAAAGUUUCAAGUCUAGAACAUGCUGUUGACAGAAUAACACAUGACCUUGUUCAUAGUGGCAAGAAUAAUGAUCAUUCAAGCAUGCGAUAUGCUGAAAAAGGCCGGACAAGUGUUUCAGGAAUCUCCAAUACUUCCACUCCUAGGCAAUCAGUGGACACGCUGGACAGAUAUCCUUCUGCACGCCAUUCAAGAAACAAAGAAGUUUGGGAGGGAAAAGCAACAGGGAUAAAAAAUAAAAGCAAUUCAAGUAGCUCAGGUCUGGACUCCAGGAGACAACCAUUGUCAAUGGUGAACAGAAACCGUAUAGGAGAUGGACCUGAAAAAAGUACUGGGCAGGAUAUGCAGAACAUGAGCUAUCAUAAUAGUCGAAAGAAUGACCGGGCCUCCUUUUCAGUUUCCCCUGGUAAUGCUCGGCAGAUGGGAAGAGUGAACGAAAAUGAUAUCUGGAAAAAUGUAAAGGAGCAUCUGUGUGAAGGUGACCUCGAUCUUGCCUACAGAGAAGCUCUCUAUUCAGGCGAACAACUACUUCUGAUUGAACUCAUUGAUGGAACUGGUCCUGUACUGGAUUGUUUGUCAAACGAAACCAUCAGCAAUCUGUUUACCGCUUUAGCAUCAUGUGUCUUGGAACAUAGAGUUGUUGAAUCUAUUAUUCCUUGGUUGCAGCAGGUAGUAGAUCUGAGCACGAUUCAUGGACCAAACUAUGUUCCUCUUUCUCUGAAAGUUAGGAGAGAUAUACUAUCAGCAGUGCAAGAGGCAUUGGAUGUAGAAGUUACUCAUCCUACCAAGAGAAGGUCGGUUGCCCAACUGGCUAUGAAGUUGCAACAAAUCUGGGGUUAGGCUGUUUGUACAUAUACUAUGCUAUCAAAUUCAAGUUGACUACUGUUUUGUGAUAUGAACUUGCUGAAAACAAGGUCUUGUAAGUUUUUUACCGCCUUAGAGUUGACAACAGCGCAUCAAAUCUUUCUAGAACUUUGUAUAAGAUGGACAUGUUUAACAUAGUUGUUAGCACUUAGCACAGAUUGCAAAUGAUGAUAGGUUUUUCCGGUUUGCAUGAGCCUGUCAGCCUGUGAGAUAUACCAGUAAGUUUAUGCUGCAGGAUACAUCAA